AUGGCUGAUCGCUACUCCUUCUCUCUGACCACGUUCUCCCCCAGCGGAAAGCUGGUUCAGAUUGAAUAUGCCUUGAACGCUGUUAACCAGGGUGUAACUGCUCUGGGCAUCAAAGCUACCAACGGAAUUGUUCUUGCAACCGAAAAGAAAGCGAACUCGCCUCUCAUUGACCCACCUUCCCUCUCCAAGAUCUCCCUGAUUACGCCCGACAUCGGCAUGGUCUACGCAGGAAUGGGUCCCGAUUACCGUGUGCUCGUGGAUCGGGCCCGCAAGGUUUCUCACACUGGCUACAAGCGCAUUUACAACGAAUACCCCCCUACCCGGAUAUUAGUGCAGGACGUUGCCCGGGUUGUCCAAGAAGCGACUCAGUCCGGUGGUGUCCGACCGUACGGUGUCAGCUUGUUGAUUGCUGGCUGGGACGAGGGCGUUGAACCUGAAUCGGGAGAGGCUCAGCGGGGUGACGGUGAGGACGAGCCUAAGAAAGCAACCGGCAAGACGGGUGGUAUCUUGAAGGGCGGCCCCAGUCUGUACCAAGUCGACCCCAGUGGCAGUUACUAUCCGUGGAAGGCUACGGCCAUUGGAAGGCACGCGACGAGCGCAAAGACAUUCCUUGAGAAACGUUACACCGAAGGUCUCGAGCUGGAAGAUGCCAUUCACAUCGCUCUUCUAACUUUGAAGGAGACUAUCGAGGGAGAGAUGAACGGUGAUACGAUAGAAAUUGGCAUUGUUGGUCCUCCUGCCGAUCACCUGCUUGGUUAUGAGGGCGUCGAAGGAUCGCGCGGACCCCGCUUCAGGAAGCUGAGUAAGGAGGAGAUUGAGGACUAUCUCACCAACCUAUGA